GUUGUUGUACUAGUACUACCACAAGGUUGAAGCCUGGGCGUACGAAACCAAUCAUCCAUCAUCUUCAACCUCUACUAUAUAGUUGCCUUGGUUUCCAGGUUACAGGCCAUAAGAAGAGAAAGAAGAGAGAGGAGAAGAGCAGACAAACAGAGCAGCGGCGCUAAUCGGGAUGGAUCACGAUCAUCAAAUGAGUGGUAAUUCGGGCAUGUCCACCACCAAGAGAUAUACCCACAUGACCUUCUUCUGGGGCAAGAACUCGGAAAUUCUGUUUACGCAAUGGCCUGGCACCAGAACCGGCAUGUACGUGCUGGCCUUGAUCAUUCUCUUUGUACUCACCUUUCUCAUGGAGUGGCUCUCUCAUUGCCGCUUAAUCAAGUCCCGUUCCAACAGCGUCGCUGCCGGGUUAUUGCGAACGGUUCUGCACACUCUCCACGUCGGAUUGGCUUAUCUGGUCAUGCUGGCUCUCAUGUCCUUCAAUGUUGGUGUCUUGAUCGUCGCUAUCGCCGGCCAUGCUGCCGGCUUCUUUGUCUUCGGUAGUCGCAUAUUUAAGCGUGGGGAGAAGUCGGGAGAGGAAUCAGACCUUGGUCCUCCCUUGAAGUGCUAAUUCAUACGAUGCACACCGGCUUUGUUAAGCGAAUGAUUGAUUGUAUGUAUAAUAGAUGUUUAGCUUUUACAAUCUCUGUUGGUACUUGGUUGAGUACUUUUGAGGCAUCCUGGUUGAAUCUUGAUUGUAUGUAAACUUAACUAUUGAACAUUUGUGGUUGCAUCAUAUUGUCAUGCAGUAAAUAGAGUUUAAUUUAUAUGGUAUUUGAAUAGUCACUUUUUUUUGUUUA